GCCAGUACUUCUGCAUCUUCCGACCGGUGUGGAUGUGGAUCCUCGGCAUCGGCUCCCUGGUUCGCGCCCUGUCGCCGUGUGUGAUCUUUCUCUCUGUGGGAGGUUUUUCUUUUCUACCCACUCCCGUCCGCAAAAAUAUUCAAACCCUUAACGGUGGUGUGUGUGUGUGUGUGUGUGGGUGGUUUGUUUCCCGUGAAUUAAAAGUGGUUUUCCCCUACACUACACCCUGCACUUCGCGUACCCCAACCAACUCUUCUCGGGCGACAAGAACCCAAUGGUUCCGCCGGAUUUUGGCACUCCGGGCGAUGGCAAGCGCCUCCAGUCCCUGUCCGGUCGCCUCUAGCCCCAUGCUCGUAGACCCACUGGGUCCCGUGUGUCGUUGUUGCGUUGAUGUGAGUGAGUGAGUGAGUGUACGAUUGAGAAACAGAGGCCAAUUCUGCAAUCAAACAUUUCACCGUAUUUGCAUACGGCAAGAGACGGCAAGAGCCCCCCUCCCCUCCUGCACAGCUUUAAGAGCCGACCAUCAGCAACUGCCGACAGCCGCUUCAAUCAGCCCCAUCCUUCUCGGCCCCGCAGCCCGCCCUACUGAGCCGAGCUUCUUCGCUGGGCCGGCGGCGUUUGGCUUCGUUAGUUCGAUUGUUUCCCUUCGGACGGGAUUUUGCCCGAUAAGAGCGCCCGAUUUACAGAAAUCAACUCAACAAAAGGCGUGUGCAGGAUCAAAACAAAAACACAAGCAGAUAUCUCGAGAGCUUGAUUCCCAUUGCCAGUGGCAUGGUGUUGACGGUGAUGCGACGGGAAUGAUUUAGAAGCGCUGACUCUACUGUGUGUGUGUGUGCGCGCAUUUCUACAAGCCCUUUUGCCAGUGCGAAGAUAACCGUUUCCUACCCCCCCACUCCCUCUCUCUCUGUCCGCUUUCCUGGAAAGAGCAACAUGAUAUCGCAAGCGAUCCAGUACGCGGACUACUUCGCCCGCGCCAUGCGCAACGAGUCGGCCGCCCCGGGCGGCGGUGUGUACAGCACGGGGCCCGCCGGCAACGGCACCGGCAGUGGCGGGUUCGGCGCCCUGGCCGGCAGCAACGCGUCCAGUGCUGGGUCGGCCGCCGGGCCGGAACUGUUCGACAUGUACGCCCGCAACUACCCGUACGUGUCGUCGACCGAGGAGCAGAACUACAUCGAGCAGCUGAGCGACAGCCUGCGCAACCAGUCGCAGGCCGGCAACCGGAGCUACGGCGGGGCCGGGGGCGUCGGCGGCGCCGGCGGCUACGACUACGGCGUCGGCUUCGACCCGAUCCCGCUCGCCGAGUGCAGCAACGCGUACUCGGCCGGGCCGUACUUUCAGCUCACCAGCUACUUCCUGUACAUUACCAUCUUCGUGACGGCGGUGAUCGGCAACUCGAUCGUGCUGUUCAUCGUCCAGUCGAACCCGCGCAUGCGCACGGUGACCAACUUCUUCAUCACGAACCUGGCGGUGGGCGACCUGAUGAUGACGCUGUUCUGCGUGCCGUUCACCUUCAUCUCGCUGUUCGUGCUGCAGUACUGGCCGUUCGGGCUGGCCAUGUGCCGGCUGGUCAACUACACCCAGGCGGUGUCGGUGCUGGUGAGCGCCUACACGCUCGUCGCGAUCAGUGGCGACCGGUACAUUGCGAUCAUGUGGCCGCUGCGACCCCGCAUCACCAAGACCUGCUCCAAGUGCUUGAUCGGCAUCGUGUGGAUCAUCGCACUGAUUACGGCCGUCCCGAUUGCCAUCUUCUCGACGCUCUACUUCCCAACCGAUUGGCACGUGCAGUGUAACGUGCCAAUCUGUGCGGAAAAGUGGCCGUCGCCGGAGCAGGACGACUACUACACCAUCGCGCUGCUGACCACCCAGUUCAUCGUGCCGCUCGUCGUGCUGAUCUUCACCUACACGCGCAUCGCGAUCGUGGUGUGGGGCAAGCGGCCGCCCGGCGAGGCGGAAAACUCGCGCGACCAGCGGAUGGCCAAAUCGAAGCGCAAGAUGAUCAAGAUGAUGGUGACCGUGGUAAUCGUGUUCACCAUCUGCUGGCUGCCGUUCAACUUCCUAAUGGUAAGGAGAGGAACCGUUCCGUUACCGGCACGCAUUACAGCAUUGCACCUCGCCUCUGUCUCUUCUCGCUCGCAGCUGAUGAAGCUCCCGUCCUCGUGGGACCUGCUGCCGUACUUCUGGUUCGCCUUCCACUGGCUCGCGAUGUCGCACAGCUGCUACAACCCGAUCAUCUACUGCUACAUGAACGCCCGGUUCCGCAGCGGCUUCAUCCUGGUGCUGCACGGUGUGCCCGGGCUGCAGCAGCUCUGCUGCUGCAUCCGCCACACCCCGCCAGCGAUUGCGCGCAACGUCGGCUCCAGCGUGGCCCUCGCCGGUGAGAUGAAUGGCCUGUACGGUGCGAGCGCACUGCGAAGAAAGGCGGGCGUGCGAGAAUCGAUGAAGUAUCGCAUCUGCAUCGAGUUAACACAUGCACCACAUACAUAAGCACCAGAAGGAAACCGACCCACAAUGUGCAGGUCCAGUCGACCGAGACGUCGCUGUUGCGGUGAUACCAGCAGAGCUACGACUAGAGCGGACCGUACACCGGCGGUGCGGCCGGUGGCAAGCGGACCCAGUUCCAGUGUCGGCCAGCAAACGGGGGCGGCGGCGUGCGGGGAUGCGCCAGCGACGGUGCCGGGCGGCGGAAGCGACCGUGUGCGCCGAACGGGUGCGACCACCACCACCACCACCACCAGGAGCGCAUCGAGCUGAUCAUUCUGGAGACGAACGAGGAGACGACGGUGGCAGCUUCGGACGAGGUGCGGACGACGGCACUGCAGCAGCAGGUAUCAGCGGACGGAGGUGGUGGUGGUGAUGAGGCAACCGUUGCACCCAGUAGCAAUGGCGUUGAUGGCGAGUAAAAUUAGGGCGGCGCUAAAUAGGAGGAGAAAGGGGGAGAAAACAACCAUUUUAGCAUUUGCGCAACCAUUUUUCCCGCGAAAAAAAAUAAAAAGAAAACUAUUUGGGUCAGGGGUUUGGGGCUAUAUAGCUGUAGGGGGAGAGCAGGGAGCAGAAAUCAAUUUAAAUAUAUUCACCUUCACACGCUGGUGUGCUGCGUUGGCUGCUGCGACGACGACGACGACGACGAAUUUUUGACGCUCCAAAUUCCUGCUCCUCCGAAUCCAAUUCAUCCGUCCGCAUCCAGUCGCAUCCAACCAUUAAUCAUUGGCGCCGUACUACCCAUCUUUCCAAACCACACAGACACUACUAGAUUGGUUGGUGGAAAGCCCUGUCGCCCCGGUUAAAAAGGACAAGCCCCAAUCAAUCUUGGCCCACGACGUGCGAGUGCGUGGGCGUUAUUUCCUUAUCCUUCGGCCGGCACACCGACACCCGAAGCAAGAACGGAAUUUAAAGUAAAAGUAAAUAAAAAGCAACUACACCCAUCACACAUCGAUAAAAUGGAAACGGUGGUUGUGGAGGUCGCCCGUAGGUGAAAUGGAUGAAAACGUGUUUUUCGGUGUAGCUGGUUUGUUAGGCCACCCGUAGGAAAAUGUAAUUAAAGCCGGAAUGGCAGCGAGCAAAUACUGAUUGUCACACCGCCAUCCACUCUCACCCAUCGCCCUCUUCUCUCCACGAGCCAUUUUGUGUUGCUGUUUCGGGUUUCAAACAGCGCUACAGCGCUCCGGCGGCAAAGCGUUUGCUCCGCAGGCGAGCGAACGAUAAAUCCUGUUACUAAGAUAGUGUAGGCAUAAGUAGUGAGAAACAAAAACAAAACAAAAAAAAACCGUGUCCCCAAUACAUGAGCGAUUCGAUCUAUCCUGCAGCUGCUACACCCCAACCCCGUAGCCCCAGUCCCGAACCCAUAUGAGCGAUAGAGCACGCAUUCUAGUUGGAAUUCAAAUUGGAAUGCCGCACAAAGUGCGCUCAUCCGAAAAUUUGGGCACGGGGGAAAACAGAUACCUAUAUACCAUCUAUAUAUACAUAUAUAUACUAUUCAUAUUGGCGGUGUAAGUGUGUUAAAAAAAACCCCAACCAACAGCAACAGUAAGAACCCGGAGGAAUGUAAUAUUAUAUGGAACUAAUAAAAUUAUUUUAUAUGUCUCUCUAUCGAA